AAAAUCACAGUUUUAGUAACUGUGACUUGUUAUCGCUCACCUCUAGCUGAGUGCAUCGAUAUCUGCCAGCACUUUCCAACACUGUUUUGCCACAGACAAGAAGAAGAAGCGCACCACGCAGCGAUAAACUUGCAAUUGUUUGUGAAAUAAACUAAAUAAAACAGUAAAUAAGUAAAGUAAACAAAUAAAACCAAUUCAACAUGUCGAACAUAACGGCAGCGGUAAUAGCAAACCGCAACAAGAAGCAUUUCCUGGGCGUUCCCGCUCCUUUGGGCUAUGUGGCCGGUGUUGGUCGCGGAGCCACUGGCUUCACCACCCGUUCGGAUAUUGGUCCAGCCCGUGAUGCCAACGAUGUGUCCGACGAUCGGCAUGCUCCGCCUGCCACCAAACGUAAGAAAAAAGACGAAGAAGAAGAGGAGGACGAAGACUUGAACGACUCAAACUAUGACGAGUUUAGUGGUUACAGCGGCUCCCUGUUCUCCAAGGAUCCGUAUGACAAGGAUGACGAGGAGGCGGAUGCCAUCUACGAUUCCAUAGACAAGCGCAUGGACGAGAAGCGUAAGGAAUAUCGUGAUAGAAGACUGCGUGAAGAUCUAGAGCGUUAUCGCCAGGAGCGACCGAAAAUCCAGCAGCAGUUCAGCGACCUCAAACGCUCCCUGGCCAGCGUCACUUCGGAGGAAUGGUCCACCAUACCGGAGGUGGGUGAUAGUCGCAACAGAAAGCAAAGGAAUCCCCGGGCAGAGAAGUUUACUCCCUUGCCCGAUAGUGUUUUAUCGAGGAGCCUGGGCGGCGAGUCAUCCUCCACGUUGGAUCCUUCGUCUGGCUUAGCCUCUAUGGUACCUGGAGUGGCCACACCUGGCAUGCUAACACCCACCGGAGAUUUGGAUUUGCGAAAGAUUGGCCAGGCUCGUAAUACCCUGAUGAAUGUGAAGCUGUCGCAGGUUUCCGAUUCCGUAACUGGCCAAACGGUGGUGGAUCCCAAGGGCUACCUUACGGACCUGCAGAGCAUGAUUCCCACCUAUGGCGGGGAUAUCAAUGACAUUAAGAAGGCCCGCUUGCUGCUGAAAAGUGUGCGAGAAACUAACCCCAAUCAUCCGCCCGCUUGGAUAGCUUCUGCCCGUUUGGAGGAGGUGACCGGCAAGGUUCAGAUGGCCAGAAAUUUGAUAAUGCGUGGCUGUGAAAUGAACCCCCAGUCGGAGGAUCUUUGGUUAGAAGCAGCUCGCCUCCAACCGCCGGAUACAGCAAAGGCGGUCAUAGCACAAGCUGCUCGUCAUAUUCCCACGUCUGUUAGGAUUUGGAUCAAGGCUGCCGAUCUGGAGACUGAAACCAAAGCCAAACGUCGGGUAUUCCGCAAGGCUUUGGAGCAUAUCCCAAACUCUGUACGUCUGUGGAAAGCCGCUGUGGAGCUGGAGAAUCCAGAUGAUGCCCGGAUCUUGCUUUCCCGAGCUGUGGAAUGCUGCAACACCAGCGUGGAGCUGUGGUUGGCCCUUGCCCGCUUGGAAACCUACGAAAAUGCUAGAAAGGUUCUGAACAAAGCCCGUGAGAAUAUUCCUACGGAUCGUCAGAUUUGGACAACGGCUGCCAAGCUUGAGGAAGCCAAUGGCAACAUACACAUGGUGGAGAAGAUCAUUGAUCGUUCGCUGACUUCGCUGACUGUCAAUGGGGUGGAAAUCAAUCGGGAUCACUGGUUCCAGGAGGCCAUUGAGUCGGAGAAAUCGGGAGCCGUCAACUGCUGUCAGGCCAUUGUAAAGGCUGUCAUUGGAAUCGGAGUGGAGGAGGAGGAUCGCAAGCAGACCUGGAUUGAUGAUGCAGAUUUUUGCGCCAAGGAGAAUGCUUUCGAGUGUGCUCGUGCCGUCUUCGCCCAUGCCCUCCAGGUGUUUCCCUCCAAGAAGAGCAUUUGGCUGCGAGCUGCUUACUUUGAGAAAAACCACGGCACCCGCGAAUCCCUGGAAGCCUUGCUGCAACGUGCCGUUGCCCAUUGUCCCAAAUCAGAGAUUCUGUGGCUAAUGGGCGCCAAAUCCAAGUGGAUGGCCGGGGAUGUGCCAGCAGCAAGAGGUAUACUCUCAUUGGCCUUCCAGGCCAAUCCCAAUUCCGAGGACAUUUGGUUGGCUGCCGUUAAGCUUGAGUCAGAGAACUCGGAAUACGAACGGGCGCGGCGUUUGCUGGCCAAGGCUAGAGGAUCGGCUCCCACGCCCCGAGUUAUGAUGAAAUCGGCCCGUUUGGAAUGGGCUUUGGAGAGAUUUGAUGAAGCUCUGCGGCUACUUGAAGAGGCCGUGGAAGUAUUUCCCGAUUUCCCAAAACUUUGGAUGAUGAAGGGUCAGAUCGAGGAGCAACAAAGGCGAACAGAUGAUGCGGCUGCCACCUACACACUGGGCCUGAAAAAGUGCCCCACAUCCAUUCCUUUGUGGAUUUUGUCGGCGAAUCUGGAGGAACGCAAAGGGGUGCUGACCAAGGCGCGUUCUAUACUAGAACGAGGUCGUCUGCGUAAUCCCAAAGUGGCUGUUCUCUGGCUGGAGGCUAUACGGGUGGAGCUACGUGCAGGUCUCAAGGAGAUAGCCAGCACCAUGAUGGCCCGAGCAUUGCAGGAAUGUCCAAAUGCAGGCGAACUCUGGGCCGAGGCCAUCUUUAUGGAAACGAAACCUCAGCGGAAGACCAAGUCUGUGGAUGCGCUCAAGAAGUGCGAGCAUGAUCCUCAUGUGCUGUUGGCUGUGUCCAAGCUGUUCUGGUCGGAGCACAAGUUCUCCAAAUGCAGGGAUUGGUUCAAUCGAACGGUUAAAAUUGACCCAGAUCUGGGCGAUGCUUGGGCGUAUUUCUACAAGUUUGAAUUACUUCAUGGCACAGAGCAGCAACAAAAGGAGGUCCUUGAUCGCUGUAUUGCCGCAGAACCGACGCAUGGCGAGUCCUGGUGUCGCGUCAGCAAGAACAUACAAAAUUGGCAGUUCAAAACACCGGAAACGCUGCGAGCCGUUGUCCGGGAACUGUCCAUACCCAUCUAAGUUUAAGUUUCUUUAUUAUUUUAUAAAAUAAAUAUAUAUCUUGUGCAGUCCUAGCGCUGCAUCUCUCGAUAACCUUUAA